AUGCUUCUCGAACGCGGAACGCUUUUCGCCGAAACAAAACGCUGCCCAAGCCCGUACGAAGCAGUUCUGGAGAUGUUUGAAUGCACAUCUUCGCUGGUUGCCAAAACGUUGGCGGGAGAGAUACAAGCGUUGAGGAUUGGAGGGCAGACGGAGGACAAGACGGUGAUCAGACUGGACCUCAUGAGACGAAAACCUGGCGAAUGCUUCGAGAAUGUAUGUGACCAAUGGACAGACGAAAAGGGAAGAAGACGCUCAAGCGCUCAGGAGCUUGAGAAGGAUGUUAUGGGCGGUAUUUGA